AUGCCCCCACCAGAUGUCCGGCAGGGUGGGGUAAAGCAAUGUACGGUUGCCGGAGCAGUCGCCCUGGAAGUUCGACGAGAGGCCGAAGCCCGCGCUCGCCAGCGUGGGGCCACGAGCUCCUCGCAGCACACGCCUCAGGACCCAUAUGCCAGACACCUGACAGCGGACCAGAAUGAGCUAGAUGACACCAAUGACACCAAUUUCACCAACGACACUGAUAGCGACGCCAAUGGCACCAACGACACUGAUAGCGACGAGGUCACGAAUACCACAACGAGCUACACGACGACGAGCAGCACCUACACCACAAGCACUGACACUGUUACCAGCGUCACAAGCACGACAAGCACAGCAACCUCCAGCACUGCCACCUCCAGCACCGCCACUAGCACCAGCAAGACUGCUACUACCAGCACGUCAUCAACACUCACGAAAACCACCAGCACCGCCACCACGAGCACGGCAACCACGACCAGCUUCACAAGUACCAGCAGCACCGCCACCACGAACACUGUCACCAGCACAUCCCUAACCCACACGAGCAGCACGAGCACGAUCAGUUCCACCAUGAGCAGCACCACCACGAAGACCACCACUUUUUCGACGACCACGACGCUGACCACCUCACUCACGACAGCCACUGUGACGAGCACGUCAACCAGCACCACGAGCACCACCACUAUUUGGGGUGACAUCAUUAUCGCCCUGGACUUCGACGCCGAUGCGGACCAGCGCAGUGCCCUCCUGCGCUUCGCGGGGGACGUCGUGGACAACGUUACCGCCAACGCAGGCGGCCUCAACGUCUCCUUCGGCUUGGUUCUCUUCAGUGCUCAGGACUACGACGUCGCCCUGGAGCCUGGGACGCCCCCAGAAGACUUCCUGGCGAACCUGCAUAGUGCAGGCGGUGGGACCUAUGUUGCUGUCGGGGGCCCGCCGGAUACCGCCCACGCUCUCGACGUCUGCAGCCAAGCGCUCAACCGCAGAAUCGCGGACGUGUCCAUCGUCGUGGUGGUGACGAACUCUGAGUCCAGCGAUGCGACGCAGACGGAGAUCGCGGCAAAUCACCUGAAGUACGAGGGCAUCGCUGAGGUCAUCGUCAUCGCUGUUGGCAUGGAUGCACCGGACCAGCGGUCAGCCCUGCGCCAGAGCGAAUUGGAGCAGAUGGCAACCUCUGAGUGGUUCGAGUACGAUUCCUACUACGACCAGGUCGGCAGUGCCCGACGACUGCGGAGCCUCCACGCGCCCAUUGCGCUGUCCAUGCUGGCGGAGAAGAUGAUUCCACAGUUCUCAGAGGUCCUGCUGCAGAUUACCUCCACCACGGCGCCCGCGAAGGAGUCGCGGGGCCUGGGGGCAGGCAUCAUCCUUCUUGCUGUCCUGGGAGCCUUCUGCUGCUUCUCGUGCAUUGCAGCCGUUUCCUUCCUCGUAUGCAAGCGCAUGCAGGAGGCGGAGGAGGAAGAGCGGAAGCUUUCACAGGUGAUGCCGGUACAAGCAGCCGGGCACGAAAUUGUUCUGAUGGCUUGGAGGCCUUUGAACAAGGACUUCACGGAUCAAGAUUUCCAGAGUUAG